AAUGUCUCUCUCUCUUCUCUCUCGAAAACCCCGGCGAGAGAACACGCGAUUCAUAUGUAAUCGGAAAAAUUAAUGGAUUCACGUCGAAUGUCCCGGCUUAAUCUGGAGGUUCAUGGUCACCGGAGGCGAUGGCUAACCAAAAUCGGCGUAACCCUAACUCAAAUCCCGGCUAAAGCUUUCACCUUCUUCGUUGAAUUGCGAGCAGAGAGGAAGGCAGAGGAAAAAUGGUAUUGGAUAUUUUAUCGUGGAGGACUUUGUGAUUGUGAAACAUGGCAUCAAAAUUGGUACAACUUCAGUCAAAGGCAUGUCAGGCUUCAAAAUUUGUGGCCAAGCAUGGGAAUUCCUACUACAAGCAAUUGUUGGAGCAGAACAAGCAAAUUCAAGAGCCUGCAUCUGUUGAGAAGUGCAACGAAUUGUCUAAGCAAUUACUCUACACUCGUCUAGCUAGGUCAUUACCUUUUCAUUCUCUCUUUUUCUCUAAGCAUGUUUCCAAGGGCCAUGCUCUAGCCUCUAGAGUCAGUGUUGCUGAGAAUUCUUUUAUCAGACUAUCCUUUUAUGCAUACUUUUGAAACAUCAUUAAUCUUCAGAUAAUACUGCAGAAAUGGAUUUGCAUUAGUUGUGAGUAGUCAGCCAUUUUGCCUUAUAGACUUUGAUAGAACUGAAACAGAUGUGCUUGAGAACUUUGGUGUUAUCUUCUAGUAUUUUUUGUCCUCGAUGGAAUUAAGUUGAUAAAUCCCUGAUGAUUCAGUUAGUCUCUGUGCCUAUUAUGUUUUAACAGUCCUGAUUACACAACUUAUGAUCCACAGCGUGUCUUAGCUAUUAGUUUUGUAGGAAAUUGGCUUUUGG